AUGGUGGACAAAUAUUUCACUUCUCAUAAGUUAGCCAAAAGUGCUAAUGGAAAGAUUGUUAGUUCAAUUGUCUUGGAUAGUAAGUUUUGGCAAGAUGUUACCACUGUGAAAAUCGUUGGUCCUCUUAUUAAGUUGUUGAGGCUUGUUGAUGCUGAUGAAAAGCUCUCUUUGGGAAUCAUGUAUGAAGGCAUGCAAAUAGCCAAAAAUGCUAUCAAGACAAUGCUUAGAAAUCAAAAAGCUACUUAUACGCCAUACACGAGUAUCUUGAAAAUGAGGUGGGAUAAGUAUUUGAAGUGUGAUCUCCAUGCGACAGCAUACUUUUUAAAUCCAGGCAUUUCCUAUAGUGAGGGUUUUAUUGAGAAGGCAAAUGUUUUGAGAUCUUUACUUGAUUUUCUUGAUGUUAAAAUGCUUUGUGAUGACUCAGUUGCCGCAAUGCAAGAGAUACAGCUGUAUCGAGAUUUUAAAGAAAGUUAUGGGAGAGAAAGUGCUAAGAGAGCGGCAUCAAGACUCGAACCUGGUGAAUGGUGGAGGCUACACGGUGGGAGUGCUCUUAAUUUGCAAAAAAUGACAGUCCAUCUUCUUCAUCAAACCUCUUCUUCAUCUGGAUGUGAGAGGAACUGGAGCCUUUUUGAACAAAUCUAUUCAAAGAGGAGGAAUCGGUUAGAGCAUCAAAGGCUAAGUGACAUUGUUUAUGCCACUGAUGGAGGAAAAAUGCCGUUAGCCUCUUACAAUUGA